AACCAACCUCACCAUUUUUUUAUUUUCUUUUUUUUUAGAGAUUUUAUAAGAUGUAUUGUCUGUGCCAUUUCUUGCCUUUUUUAUUUAUCCCGACGGGAGCUUCUCCAUAUUUUUUGGUUAUUUUUAUUAUUUCACUUUUACUAUUUCAUCGACCAUGUAUUUACUGUUCGUUUAUUCUUAUUACGUUGUUUAGUAUGAUGUGUUAUUGGAGAGAAGAGUGUUAUUUUGAUUUUAAUGAAGGGAGAAUUUUUGAGCCAAAAAUUUUGAGGAAUAAUGGGGAAAAGACAAGAGCAUUAUUGAGAAUAGGGCGAGUUGAAGAAAUAUUUAGGAAAAGAGAAUGGCGUCAACCUUUGGUUAAAGUGACUAUUCGUUUAUGA